UAGCUGUGUGAGCGAUUUGAGUAUCGUCUCGGUGCGAGGACAUACGAAUUACAAUUGCACAGAGUGGAGUAGAGGAGGAGGAAAUCUAGAGGGAAUAAGUGACCGCAACAAAACAAGGGGAUUAUAUUGGAUAUAUAUUUCAUCGCUUAAUUAUGGCUGUAAAGAGAAAACGGUGAGAUCGGGCGUUUUCAAGACAUGAUUGGCCGGUCUUCAGCGUGAUAGGCAACCUAGCUGGUGCUGGAUUCUCUCAUCGAACUUUUGGCUGAAGAAGUUUACAACAGUACGGCUAACCAUUAACGUUAACACCGGCGCUGUCUUCUACUUCUGACACAGCCCUAACGUUACACAUUCAAGACAAAAUGGUGUCCUGGUUAAUUUCGAGAGUCGUUGUGCUGGUGUUUGGGACCCUGUAUCCUGCAUACUACUCUUACAAAGCUGUCAAGACCAAAAAUGUCAAGGAAUAUGUGCGAUGGAUGAUGUACUGGAUUGUGUAUGCCCUCUACACUGUCGUGGAGACCGCCACUGACCUAACACUGGCAUGGUUUCCCUUGUACUAUGAGCUGAAGAUAGGCUUUGUGAUCUGGCUGCUGUCCCCCUACACCAAAGGAGCAAGUCUCAUUUACAGGAAGUGUCUGCACCCUCUGCUGUCCUCCAGGGAGAGGGAAAUAGAUGAGUAUAUCGUGCAGGCCAAAGAGAGGAGCUAUGAGACCAUGGUGAACUUUGGCAGGCAGGGACUGAGCAUUGCAGCCACUGCCGCUGUCACUGCAGCUGUCAAGGGUCAGGGUGCCAUCACCGAGAAGCUGCGUAGCCUGAGUAUGCAUGACCUCACACAGAUAGGCCAGCAGGAUGACGGAGGAAAUCAGCUGUAUCAUUACAGCUCCACUGCAGCCAACCCCGCCGCUAGAAGAGCUCAGAGCGUUGAUGUUUCCGAUGGACCAGAGUACUUUUAUGACCAGGAGGAGAGAACAGAUGAAGAAGCAGAGGCAAUCUUCUCUGAAGAUGAGGCUGUUAGUCAGAAGGGACUGAGACGAUCACAGAGUGUUAAGAUCGCACGAUCCAGAAUCCGCAAAGAUGCUCGUUAUGGAUCCCUCAAGAUUAAAGGCAAGAAGAGACCAGUGCUGAGCUCUGUUAACUAUGGAAUGUGAAAAACUACUGCUGACACACAAACACACACACACUCGGCUGAGUGGGGGAGGCUCUUGUCAGCCUGUAUUCCACUUCUUCUCAGUCUGACUCUUUUCUUUGCUGAACUCUAAUCUAGUUGUUGAUGAGCUUUCUGCACACAUAUUUAUUACUUAAAUCAUCCAGAACCAGUCUUUUAGAGAUGUUAUAUCUUUGAUGGGGUUAUCCUCUGCCUGUCUUUGGGUUUGUGGCAUACAUUGAGGAACAGAAGUAUUUGAACGCCCUGCGAUUUUGCAAGUUCUCCCACUUAGAAAUCAGCUUACGUUCA